AACCAAAUCAAUUCAGCCUAUCGAUUUCCUAAUAUCAGGGUUAGGCUAAAGCAUCGCAAAUGGAGACCACCGAGGCCAAAGAGAUUUAAGGUUAUAAUUGAUCUGAGCAUGCGCACAUUAGCGUUGCCAUAAAACUAUUUUCCCUACGCAACGGUACGCGGUUGCGGUUCGACAUUCAACUUGAUUUUUUUAGAGAGUGAUAGAUAAUUCAUUUAUGGACCUUGUCAGAAUUCAAAGAUGAGAACUAAGUGUCCAAAACCUCUGAAAAUAUCGAUGCAACCAUGUCGCGGCCAGGUUCUAGGACUAGGAGAAAAGGUCCUGGUAUAUCUUCAUCCUCAGGAGCAUCUACAGACCUUCAGUCUUGUCACACAUGUGGGAGAACAUUUCUGCCCGAUGUUUUGAAGAGGCAUAUUCCAAUAUGUGCCAAAGUGUUCAACUCUAAAAGGAGGGUGUUUGAGUCAGGAAGACAGAGGGUAGCAGGAACUGGAAUAUCCAUCACAAAAAUCGUAAAACCUGAUAAAAUAAAGAAACAAGGUAUAAAGAAGACAAACUGGAGAAACAAUCAUGCAGACUUUGUGAAUGCCAUCAGGUCAGCAAGGCAAGCCCAGCAUGCUAUCAACACAGGGCAGCCCCUCCCUCCACCCCCUCCUCCGUCGAUCAAUCCAGAUUACAUACAGUGUCCACACUGUGGACGCCGUUUCAGCCAGACUGCAGCAGCCAGACAUAUUAACUUCUGUGGGGAGAGAACCAAUACGUUUGGUGCACCUGUCAAGCCCCUCAAUAAGAGAGCUGCAGCAGACGUCCAGGGGAGUAAAGUGGCCAUCAGGAAAGCUUAUGACAACAUUGUAGUAAGACGCAAGCCCUCUACCAACCCCUACGCCUAUGCACAAGGUAAUGGUGAUAAUGAUGGCGUCAAGGUUUACUCUGCAGCGUUUGGGGGCAGUGGGCCUGAUCAACAAGCUUCCAAGGUUACUGCCAGACGUAAUUCCACCUCACCCAGAAGAAAAAUAGCAUCUCCCAGACAAUCAUCUCGUAGGAGUUCGUCAUCUCUUGUAUCUUUGUCACCAAGGCAACAACCAUCACCAAGGCAGCAGCCGUCACCACGACAACAGCCAUCACCACGGCAACAAGCAUUUUCUGGCCCACAACGGACAUCUCCGAGGCUCAAGCAACUUUCCAUAGAGCCAUCAUCAUCACCCUUGUCACAUCUAUCCAGUUCCCCUCGUUUCCAGUCAUCCUCGCAGCCUUCCGCGUCCCUAUUGCCACAGACUGUAUCCAUGAAGCAUUCCCCUUUACGCUCCCUCCCUCCAGCAACACAGCAUCCGUCCUGGCAGCAGCCGUCUGCAUUACAGAAGCUGCCCUCUCCUUCUCAAGAGAUGACAACGAUACAACCCCUGUCCGGCCCAUCCAGCCCUCACCACCAGCAGUCCUACUCUCCGUCCUUGGCUGCAGGCCCCUCCUCCUCUCAGAUAUCCCCUCCUCCUUUUCCAGAAAGAAGCUUCAACUCAUUACCACCAUGGCAACAGGCCCUAAAGGCCGGCAGCAGCAGAUCACCUCCAAAGGCAACACGACUUCCUAAUGGACACAUCAGGAAGUCAGGAUUGAUCAAAUCAGGAAAACCCAAAGGAAAUGUUAGAUUUGCUGAUGAUGUCCAAGUGAAAACAUUUGGUGACACUUUACCGGGACCAGGUGAUACAGGAGCGCCCUUUGACCUUGGCGCACCUUCUCAGUCUGCAUAUGCAAUGCCAAACAGAGUUGAUGAACAAUUGUUAUCUAGACAUCAGGAUCUCAUGUCAGUGUUGAAGAAAAACUAUGGUGAUGAUGUAAUGCUAGCCACACCCGGCAACCACAUGGAUGAGAUGAUGCAGUCCAGGCAUCCUGGGCAUCCUCCUCCAGAUUAUAACAGUCUCGGCGGGAUGAGUUUCCAUGGCAACCAGGGAGGAAUGCCUGAAUUAACAGCCCAAAGCACAGGGAUGCCCAGAAGUUCAACAUUGAAUGGUCCCCCUUCACAUCUCCCGCCAUCCUCCAUGAGGACAUCCUAUCAAAAUACGUAUGGGAGAAAUGAUCACCAGUCGUAUGACAGCACAACUCCUUUAUCGCACAGCAUCCCAACAGGACUAUCCCAAGAACCUACCUCCAGCCAUUCCGGACCUCCACAGGGGUAUGGUAGAAGACCACGCCCAAUUGGAGGCUCCCUUCGUGGGUCCGUUCCAACCAGGCCGUCACCCAGUGACUUCAGUAAGCUCUCCAUCUCCGGUGGCAUGCAUGGAGGGGGAUUCCCCGGAAUGUGAGGUAAUUUUGUAGAAGACCACGCCUAAAUGGAGGCUCACGUUCUCUGUGGUCCUGUUCCUAUUAAGCCAUUUCCCAGCAUCUUCAGUAAGCUCUCCAUCUCUGGUGACAUGCAUUAAAGAGGGAUUCCCCAAAAUGUGAGGUGCAGUGGUGCAAGUUUUAGCUCAUCAAAGAUUGUCAGAGACAACGACCGCUUGCAGAAUAUCCAUUCAUAGUUGCCAGUGUUGAACUAGAGGAGAACCACAUCAUACAGCAUUUAAGAUGGUAUGAUUGUAGAAGAGGUAUAUAAACAUUUUAUGAUUUCUGAGGAAGACCACUAUAGUGGUCUUCCUCAAAAAUCAUUAAAAUGUUUAUAUUCCCUAUUGAUCCUUGUUAAGGGCUCACUAUGUAGUCACAAAAACAAAAACAAUAGGCAAGUAACAAACUGCACGAAAAUGAUGAUUAAACGGACCGAGAAAUGCUAAACGGUUUGAUGAAUGCGAUCGUUUAACCAUCGGUUAAACAUUUUGACUCAGGCUUACUCUGUACCGACCCAUACUCCACUCCUGAAGUCAAUUGGUGCAUGGAAGUUUAAGAUUACUUACUGAGGAAUAGUAGACAUCUUGUAUUUGACAGAGCAUAAUCUUUUCUGGGUAAUAGAAGACCAGUUUUUUUAUGAAAGUAACGUUAUACCAAACUUUGAAUUUAUUGUACAUUAUCUUUGUCUUUCCACCACUAGCUAUGCAAGUCACAUGACAAUUUUCAUUACCGGUACAUCAUUUAUGUUAUACACAUCAUUAGAAAUAUCAAAGUGGACUGGUAUCGUAUCAAUUAGAAAUUUGGUAAUAGAUCCAAAUUCAUUUCUAUAUGAAUUUGGUAACGUCCAGAAUUAAAACAUGAUAAUUUUACAAAGAAGGUUUGUUUCAAUUAUCCAUGUUGAAAAUCAAUGUUUAAAUCUCUGCUUUGGACUAAAAUUAAAUGAUUACAUGUUGCUUGCCCAUUGGACAUGAAGAUAUUAAUACUCUACACUUAUCAACAUUUAAAGUGUACUAGUCACAAAAAAAGUAUUUUAUUCUGUUGGUUAGAGGUUUCAUGUCAUAAUACUACCGUAAAUUCAAAAUAUGAGCUUCAAUGUUACUUCUAUUAAGAGAUUUUGCAAGUUUAAAUACACUCUUAAUCAAUAUGCAAAAGCCACUUCUGAGUAGACCAUCUAACUCACCCAUACACGAGCGCAUAAAAUACGUGCCUCUCCUAUUUGACACUUUUCAGUAAAUGAAACAAUAUGCCUUUGAUUUAUUUAUGUAUCAAAUACAGGGUUUUAUAUCAACCUCAAUGCCUGGAUAUGCAAACACUAAAUAAAAAUAUAUAAUUGUGUAGUACUUUUUUUUUUCUUUUUCGUGUUCAUAUUUUUGUGAAAAAGCCAUUUAAGUGAUAACCUUCAUGCUAGUAUUACUAUCUUUUAUUAUUCCGAGAUGUGUCAUUGCUUUAUUAAAUAUUGUGUGUCCAAAGCAGUAAUAUAUAAAUAUUUAUAAAUUGUAUAAUCUUAAAUAUAUUUUUACAAAGUCUUAUGGACAAUUUCUGCUGCAGAAGUUCAUCAAAUUACUAUUACACUGACAGCUGACUGGUUGUGAGCAUACUGAAAAAAAUAGUAUUUAUGAUUUAAUUCAAAUAUUGAUAAGAUAUAUAUAUAUAUAUAUAUAUAUAACAAAUAUCUAUAAAGAUCUGUAAGUGUUAAUAUUCUUAUUAUAAUUUCAUAAUAAAUAGUGUGCUCUGAUUACAUGAUACACUACUUCUGACCAAAAAAAAUAAUGUUGGACAUCUAGUGGACACUUUUAUUUACAUAUUUAUGGUAUUCCUUUUUGCUAUUUUGUUAAAGGAGGCAUUAAUUAUGAUAGAGUUUACGUAAUACGAAAUCAUCUUGAUUUUUAUGUCAGAAUUUCUACACCUUGAAAUAUAAAUAUAUUUAUUAUUGUAAAUUGUGAAAUACAAUAUAUAUGUAUAUUAUUUUAAGUUAUAUUGUUUUUACGAUAUAUGUUGUAAAUCAAUGAUAUAUGAAAUGUGUUUUGAUGUGCCUUUAUGCUAUAGGAUUAGCUGAUUUUACCCCCAGAUUUUACCUCUUGACCAAUGGAGGCAUUAUUAUGUGAUUUCACACAGGAUGAAUAUAUGUAUAAUUCUUAAAAAUUCAUAUGUUUAAGUUUCAGAGAGCUGUUUAGGCCUGGUUAGGUUUAGCUUUAGGGUUAAGGUGGCAAUUGGGUUUUAGGUUAGCCUGGUUAGGUUCAGGUUUAGGGUUAGGGUUAGGUAUAGUGUUGGUUAAAAUCUCCUGGUUUGAAGUGAAGAAUUUGGUUAGUGUAGGAGCAAUUGUUGCAGGAGCAAGUGUUGUACAACCUUCUUUCAACAUUUGUGCCUUUUAUUUUUCACAAAGUGGAAAUGACAAAAUUUGCCUAACUAUGAUAGUUUAUUACCUAACUCUUUAAUUGGGUACAAAACUAUUGGAAUAUCAUUCUGUUGGAAUAUAGUCCAUGCAAUGCAAAAGUUUUUUAAUUUAUUUAUUUCUGAUGCUGCCUAUGUUGAAAUGCCCAUUUCUAAAUGUUGUUGUUGGUUUUCUCAUUUUAUAUAAUUGAUACAUUUGCCUUUGUUGUCUAUAUUGAGUCGUGUACACUUUGUAUUGUCCAGUGGAAGAUAAUAUUGGACAUUUUUUAUCUUCUUGGAGGGAAUAUUGUUGAUUUAUCAGAGGUUCAUUCACACACACAGUGUUAUAUUACAUUUUGGUGUGGACAUGUCGGGUGUCCCAAAGGGGGGGGG